UGAUGGACUUCCCAUUUUUCUCCACUCGCCAUUCACGUGUGUGUUGCUUUACUCGGAUUUAUGUUUUUGUGUUAUGAAAAAAUGAAGUGCUGGAUGAAGGGAAAUUUGGAUUGUCAAGUUAUUCGGCAGCUUUGAAGAAAAUAAUAGUCAAAAAAUCGCGGAGAUGAUCAGAAGCAGUGGGAGUUCCUGCCUUUUAAUGCUGUGUCUUUUGACCUCGCAGAGGACGUUUGUUGUCGCAAUUCCAGAGAGAAGAGAUGAACUGCUUCGCCGCGAAUACCCGCUGGAGGAUUUUUUGUGGACAGGUUCAGGAGACGGCCCCGAGCGAGACGAGGGUCAAAUCUCAUGGGUCACCACCACAGUGUUCAAAACCACCACCAGACUGGUGGCCACCCCUGUGUCUGCCACUUUCACCAUGGUCACGGCCGCCACCUGUCCUGGUGAAAAGGCGCCCUGCCUCACCCCUUCUUGGCAAUUGGAAUCUUCAGCAAUGCUGGAGCCAUCUUUUACAGACAGUCAUCAAAUGGAGAGCAGUUUUCCUCCCUCAAUUUGGGCCACUCCAACCAUUUCGGUCGUAGCCACAGCAACUGCCACUUUGUUACCAACGAAUCGACCUCCAGUCUGGCCUGCAGAUUUUGACACUCCAGACAAAAAAUUUUGGAUCGUCACCGUAGUUGAAGAAGGCGAAAUUGAAUCGCCGCAGCAGUCCCCGUUUGAAGCAGGCCUCUCUCGAUUGUACGCGACGGCAUUUAAGCGGCAGCAGGAAAAGCACCUGGGAAUUUUAAACGCAACUUCUGCCCGACGAAUGGAGCUGCAACGAAAAAGGCGGUCGCCAGAGGUGCUGGUUCGAUUGCUGAACGUCACCAAAGAAAGUCCGAAACGGAUCCAACUUGUGUACCUGGUGCAGGUCAAAGGUCAGCCUGUCCUGGCCAGGGCGGCUGUCCACGAUAUGAAACUCGUGAGCGACGCUGAGGUUGCGCAGGAGCUGAAAAUGAAUGUGCUCACGAAAGCAGAACCUUAUUUGAAAGAAAAAGAAGAAGCGGUUGAACAAGGAAGUCAAGUGAUGACUGCAAGCCCGUGGGUUUUGGCGGCCGUUUCCAUCAGCGUCGUGAGUCUGUUGGGGUUGGUUGCGGUUCUUUUGUAUUUAGCAACUACCAAGAAGAAGCGGACAAACCGACUAGUGGACGGUGCCACUAACAUGUCUUUUGAGCCCGAGGUGCAGAGUUGCGGUUCAGGUGCCAAAAUGUCCGAGGACUGGAGCGUCGAGGCGCUUGAGGAGGGACAGCAGCCGGGCGAAAGGGCCAAGUCGGCAAUCGACGCUGCCAAAACGGUGGCGCGCGGCGUCAGGAAAAACAGCAAACCACCCAGUCCGACAGGGUCAUACUUGUCAAUGCCCUCGGUCAGGAAGUUCCCCAGAGGAGACAUUGUCCCUAAGCCAUUGACGCAGAUUUUGCAGCAAGAUGAUCUGAAGAAGGAUCACCUGAGCUUAAAAAAUCUGGACGUUUACCCUGACGAGUCAGCGUUUGAACCGCCCAGCGCAUCAUCGCCUCCCGCACACCUUGUCGUUCGACACGGAAGUCUCAACGGAGACCCGGGCGUUGUAGGCCCGUGUGUGUAUCAAAUGGCUCGAGGAGCGGCCACUUCACGAAGGCGCUUCCAGGAGUUGGUCGAUGACACUUACAGUCUAUUCGGCGAACAACGAAUCUUCCCUGAACGAAAGUGCGGCUCCAGGUCGCCAUCUCCACCCCCAAGACCUCCCUCACCAAAGGUGGAUAGCAGGGUGCACUCUGCGGCUUACUUGCGCGUCUCCUCGCCGGCCGACUCACCUCCGGCGCCGAGGCCGCGCACCACAGAGCCGCGACGACCCUCUCUGAUGCAGCAGCCGCGGCGCCGACCGCUGCUUCCGGCCUCGAGGGCUAGCAGUGCCGGACCAAGGGGCGCCUGGGAGACCCCAGGCGAACCGGCCACCGCAGGAAUUCGACCUUUGAGUGCAGGACCCUUCCACCGACCUUUGAGGGAUGCAGGGCGUCCGCCGGCGCACCCGCCCCGGAUUUGUGCCGACUACAUUCUGGCCGACUCGCAGCUCGGACAGGCCGACCCUGCGAUGCCCCUUAUCAGCGCCAUCAAGAGCGAACUGCAGAAAUUCCACUCCUGCUCGUCUUGCUCCAUUCCAGGGUCAAUUUCACCUUCGCCAAAUUUGCCUCUUGAUGACGACAAAGACAAGGCACAGAGUAGCAGUGACAAGGACGGGAAAGAAAACUAACAUUUUUCAAGUUUGGUGAAAAAGUAUCGUUUUUUUCUAAACUUUAUGUACAAUAUUAUUACACAUUUCAUGUGGCGAAAAAAAAAGAACACAAAAUUGUAGCAUUGAUGGCAAAUGAAUUUGAUAUUAUCUUUUUUAGAAAAGAAAAAGGGAUAACAUUGAUAACAAUAAAAAAUAUUAGCAGAUGCUCAUGAAAUAUUGCAAGUCUUCAAAUAGUCCAAUGCCAAAAUUUGCAAAUAAAAUUGUGUAAAGAAAUCAAAAUUUUGUGAAACUGAAAA